CGCGCGCGCUUGUGCGAGGUGACAGCGGCUGUGCCGGGCCGCGGCCGUGGGAGGCUGCGCGGCCGAGCCCAGCGCGGGAACCGGCCCGGCGCCCGCUGCCCCUGCGCUCGCCUCCGCGGGGCGGCGCGCCCGGAGACCCCCGCCCCGCCGACGCCGGCGCGAUGUCGGUGGCGGGGCUGAGGAAGCAGUUCCACAAAGCCAGCCAGCUGUUUAGUGAAAAAAUAAGUGGUGCUGAAGGAACGAAACUAGAUGAUGAAUUUCUUGACAUGGAAAGGAAAAUAGAUGUUACCAAUAAAGCUGUUGCAGAAAUUCUUUCAAAAGCCACAGAAUAUCUUCAGCCAAAUCCAGCAUACAGAGCUAAGCUGGGAAUGCUGAACACUGUGUCGAAGAUCCGCGGACAGGUGAAAACCACCGGGUACCCGCAGACGGAGGGCCUGCUGGGCGACUGCAUGCUCAAGUACGGCAAGGAGCUCGGGGCCGGCUCCACCUUCGGCAACGCACUGAUAGAAGUUGGUGAAUCCAUGAAGCUAAUGGCUGAGGUGAAAGACUCUCUUGAUAUUAAUGUAAAGCAAACUUUUAUUGAUCCACUUCAGUUACUACAAGACAAAGAUUUAAGAGAGAUUGGGCACCACCUGAAAAAGCUGGAGGGCCGCCGCCUGGAUUACGAUUAUAAAAAGAAGCGAGUAGGUAAGAUACCAGACGGAGAAGUCAGACAAGCGGUAGAAAAAUUUGAAGAGUCAAAGGACUUGGCUGAAAGGAGCAUGUUUAAUUUUUUAGAAAAUGAUGCUUGGCCUCCAUGGGGUAAUUUUCCACUUGUGCUGCAGGUAGAACAAGUCAGCCAGCUGGCCGUGUUUGUAGAGGCGGCUUUAGACUAUCACAGACAGUCCUCAGAGAUCCUGCAGGAGCUGCACACAAAGCUGCAGAUGCGAAUAUUGACUGCAUCCAGUGUCCCCAGACGAGAGUACAAACCACGGCCCAUCAAAAGGAGUCCUAGUGAGCUCAAUGGAGUGUCCACCUCCCCUUCAGCAAAGGCAUCAGGUUCUAACGUGCUAGAGGACCAGCCCUGCUGUCGGGGACUCUAUGACUUUGAGCCCGAAAACCCAGGGGAGCUGGGAUUUAAAGAAGGGGACGUCAUCACACUGACCAACCAGAUAGACGAGAACUGGUACGAGGGGAUGCUGCGCGGGGAAUCUGGAUUCUUCCCCAUUAAUUACGUUGAAGUUAUGGUGCCUUUACCUCAGUAAGUGUGUAACUCAAACUUGGGACGGACUUUUGCAACGGAAAUGAAUUCACACCGUGUUCCUCUUUGUGGUGUUCUGUGACAUCCGUGCUGUUUGACCAACUUAAUGACUUUUGUGUGUGUGUGUUCUCUUUAUAAUGUAUUUUCUAUCAAUUUUAAUUUGUAUAAAUGAUCUUCUUAGCUACAUGAAAAUAUAGUUUUCUUUUUUGCUUAUUGUCCUAAAGUCAUUGGUGAAAUGAAUGUAUGUGCUUUUGUUGCUAAAAACCAGCUGUGCCCGUGGCAGUCAUGUCAGCGAAUCGCCCAGGUUCCCUGGAAUGCAAAACCCGAAACUCAGGAGUGGUGACUAUUUGGUUUCCUGACGUUACUGAUGGCAUCCAGUCUGCUUCCUUCACGGCGUUUUAGCUGACCUGUGAAAAGCCCAAUAAACAUGACACACUGUCUUGGCCAAAGGCCUGUCGUCCCUAAUGCGGGACUGAUUUGGAAGUUGUUGGGGGGCAGACUCCUGUACCCCACGGCUGACGGGGGCUGAGUGUGUUGCCUAGACGCUUGCUCCCGACCCGGUCGGCAGGUCUGAGAGGGCCUCGGCUCUCCAGCUCCCUCCCUCCAGUUCAGGGACGGGAAACCCUCCCACGUACUGUCAGGUUCAUGUCCAGAAGAGGCUCACCCAACCCUCUUAGGCUGCCAAGCGCUGGGGAGGUUUUCCAAGCAAGUCCUGUUACGGAUGCUCAGGAAGCGGCGUGGCCAGGAGUUGGGUUGAGUACCAGGAGCAGGGUGGUCUAGGUCCAGGGAACCAGCCGCUGGCCUCACUCGGGAUGUGUGCCUGUCACGGACUCUGGCCCACCAGGGCCCUCGGCAGUCCCACUGGGACGGGGCAGGAUCACCUCCCCUGUGCAGAACAGCUCACGGAAUGGCUUGCCCAGGGUCAAACAGCUGAGUGGGUCAGAGGCAGGGUGUGGAGUCAGAUCGUUGCCUGCUGACCCCCAAGUCUCGGACGUGCAGUGAUGUUCAUGGCCAUUUGUGAUAAAUGUCCAGAGGCCGGAGUGUUUGUAAAGGUGACCAAAACUUCAGUCUUUGAGUCCUUAGUACAUCAUUAAAUUUCUAACAUAUCUGGGCACUUUCCUUUGCCGCCUUCCCCCAGCACACACCUCUUUUCCAAACAGUUGUACACAUAGUGUCUGUAAUAAAAUAAUAAUA